AAAAAAGCCAAAAGAGAAGCUAUGGAAGAAGGUGUGCUCUCUGCGACUGAGAAGCAGAGCAUGGUCUCUUCUUUUCUAGAGAUCGCCUUUGGCCAGUCCGCUGACACUGCCAAACAGUACUUGCAGGCCACGAGUUGGAAGCUUGAGGAAGCUAUUCAGUUGUUCUUCGUGGUUGAUGAAGGUGGGCCAAUAGUAGCUUCAUCACAAUCUCCAGCAUCAGAAAAUGUGAACUAUUUGGCUGAUCAGAAUACAGGGAUGGGGUAUCUGUCACGUGAAGCAAGAUCAAGUUCAUCAAUUGCAUGCUGUAAUUUUGAUGAGGAAAUGAAACGCCGUGGGGUCUGGGAAUCAGACCAAGGCCCAUCGUACCACCGAGAUAACCUUGCUUCUUUAUAUCGUCCUCCUUAUCAUCUGAUGUUGCAUGGGUCCUUUGAAAAGGCAAAAGAUACUGCUUCUUUGCAUAACAAAUGGCUCCUAGUGAACUUGCAAUCAACCAAGGAGUUCACCUCUCAUAUGCUUAAUCGGGAUACAUGGUCAAAUCAAGUUGUUUCUCUAAUUAUUAAGGCCAAUUUUUUCUUCUGGCAGGAGUAUGAUGAUACAACUGAAGGCAGAAAGGUUUGCACAUAUUACGAGUUGGAUUCUAUGCCUGUAGUGCUUCUCAUUGACCCCAUAACUGGUCAGAAAAUGUGUUCCUGGUAUGGAAUGGUUCAUCCUGAGCAAUUGCUGGAGGAUUUGUUACCAUUCAUGGAUGGUAAACGUCCAAGAGAAAGUUAUUUGACUCCUCGAAGUAAAGCAAACAAAGAGGAUGAGGAAAUGAUACUUGCAUUGGGAGCUUCUGUGGAAGGUAUGAAACUGACAAUGACAAAAGACUCAAGUGGGAUGAUUGCUAAAGACAAAGAUAUAACUUUUACUGAAGAGGAAAAGCAAUGCUCUAAGAAGCUGGCAUAUCCACCUCUGCCUGAAGAACCUAAGGGUGAUAGGAACCUCCUUUGCAGGGUUGGAUUCCAUCUUCCAGAUGGACGCUUACUCCAGAGAAAUUUCUUCCGUACUGAUUCAAUACAGCUGCUCUGGUCGUUCUGCUAUUCUCUACUAGAAGAAGCUGAGACAAGGCCAUUUCGUUUGACACAUGAAUCCCCAGGACCAUCAAGGUCUCUGGAUUAUGACAGCCAAUCAACUUUUGAGGAGUCGGGGCUGGCCAACUCAAUGAUCUCCAUUACAUGGGAUGAAGAAGAUUUUGUAUGGGAGUGGGACUGAAGAACAUUAUGAUGGGGACUGUUUUUUGAGUUUCUUCAACUGGUAUAGCUGUGCAUUGAAGAAUUUUGGUUUGUCCUAAUUUGGUUGCUGCUUGCUUUCUUCCCUUUUUGUUACUCCCUAGUCAGGAUACCAUUUAAUUUGAUGGUGUUUAGUCUUAUGUACAGGACAUGAAUCUCUAGAUGCUUAUGUUGUUCUAAUGCUCGCUUUGCUCUGUAUGUGCAUGUCUGUUUCU